AUGAAGCUUGCCCAGAAACUGUCGGGCUAUCCCAGCUUGCUGUUGGCAGGUAGUCCUUCCAGGCUUGAUCUGGGCCGGUUGUUGCUGGGAAUAUUGUCAGCCAUCGCCUCGGGCGUCCCGUUUCCUCUGAUCGGAAUUCUAUUUGGUCAGCUCCUCGACGACUUCAACGGUGUGACGUGUGGUGAGUCGGAUAGUUCGGACUCCGAUGCUCAGUACCAGUCAGAUAUCAACAGCAAGAUCCUGAUAAUUGUAUAUUUGGCAAUUGCUCAGGUCGUGACGAUCUACUGCCACCUCACCUGCUGGAGUUUGAACGGCGCUCGGUUGGCACAACGACUACGGGAGACCUACCUGCAGAACCUACUGCGGCAGGAACCAUCCUACUUUGACGACUUGCCUCCUGGAGAAAUCGCCUCUCGGUUGAAUGGCGACAUCCAGGCCAUCCGCUCGGGCACCUCGGAGAAGGUUGGCAUCUGCCUCUCCAGCUUGUCCUUCUUCGUCACCGCAUACAUCGUCGCUUUCAUCAAAGACUACCGACUGGCCGCCAUGCUCAUCUCCUUGAUCCCCGCGUAUUUCCUCAUGUCUUUUGUCGGAAGCCAUUAUAUCGAGAAAUAUUCCGGCCGCAUGUCGGAUCAUGCCGCAUCAGCCGCGUCCAUCGCGUCCGAGGCUUUAUCCAACACCGUCGUGGUGCAGGCAUUCGGGGCCAACAGUCGACUGGAGGACAAGUUUGCCACCGCACUCAAGGCAGCCGAAACGGAGGGUCUGAAAAAGUCCACGGCGGUGGGCAUUCAGUCCGGGUUCUUAUACUUCAUCGCAUACGGGGCCAACGGUCUUGCUUUCUGGCAAGGGAGCCGGCGCGUGGCUGACGCAGUGGGGCACAGCUCCCAAGGCGCGACCGUGGGAGCCAUAUUCACCGUGAUUUUUAUCCUGGUGGAAGCAACUCUCCUGCUCAGUCAGGUGGCCCCCUUUCUUCAUCUCUUCACCGCAGCGGUUGCCUCUUUCCGAAAAUUGCGCGAAGACAUCGAUCGCAGUCCCCAGAUUGAUGGCACGACGGAUUCUGGCCGUCGUCUGCCACGAGCCGAAGGUGGAUUCGAGUUCCAGAACGUUUCGUUUACCUAUCCCUCCCGACCCGAAAUCACAGUGCUCGAUCAAGUCAGUCUCAGCGUACCAGCCAAUCAACACACGGCCAUCGUCGGUCUAUCGGGCAGCGGGAAAUCAACCAUUGCGGGCCUGGUUACUCGGCUAUACGAUCCCACCGAUGGACAUAUCUUCUUUGAUGGCCACGACUUGCGGGAGCUCAACACCAGGGACCUUCGGAGCUUCCUCAGUUUAGUGCAGCAGGAGCCAUCCCUCCUUGAUAGAUCCCUAUUGGAGAAUAUUGCGCAUGGAUUGAUGAAUUCUAGCAACCCGAACCAUGCUCAUCUGAGGACAACUCUCAUCGGCUCUGACCUGUCCGACCUGGCACAGGAAGUCCGCGAGGGCAAGGAUAUGUUGGCUGCGGCAGAGGCACGCGGCGCGGAUUUGGUCGAGAUCGUGACUCUAGUCCGGCAGGCGGCGGUUCUUGCCGACGCUGACACCUUCAUCAGCGCCUUGCAGUAUGGAUACGGCACCAUGGUGGGAUCGAGUGGACGGCUAAUCAGCGGUGGCCAAAAACAACGUGUCGCACUGGCCCGGGCCCUGGUCAAGGAUCCUCAAGUCCUCAUUUUGGACGAAGCCACUGCUUCUCUAGAUUCUCGCAGCGAGCAGCGGAUCCAGCGAGCCAUUUCCAACAUUGCCAGCGGCCGCACGAUGAUCACGAUCGCCCACCGGCUGUCGACUAUCACCAAUGCCGACAAUAUCAUCGUUAUGCACAAAGGACACAUCGUGGAACAGGGAGAUCACGCGACGCUGAUGGCUCUGAGUGGAUCAUAUGCCGAUCUGGUUAACCUGCAAACCCUGGGAUCAGCGCCGGCAAAGAACGAGACCACGGUCAGCAUCGAGAGCGUUAGUAAAUCGGACCAGCACUCCAUGACAGACACCGAAAACGAGAAGAUGCCGGUGUGCGCCGAGCAGACCGCCUUGCCAGCCAGCGAAGCUACCGGCGUCCAGUCAGCAGAAGAGCCGGACGAGCUCCCGACGCCAUCCAAAUCGUUGUGGGCGUUGGUGCGUGGAUACGCGCCUGCCUUGCGACCACACCUUUUGACCAUCUUCCUGGCCCUUCUUGGCGCCAGCGUGGUUGGCGGUGCCUUCUCAGGCGAGGCCGUGAUUUUCGGCAACACCGUCGGGAGUCUGAAUCCCUGUCACACUGCCGACAGUAUCCGAUCGCGCGGCAACUUCUUCGGGCUGAUGUUCUUCGUCCUGGCCAUUAUUGAGUUCUUCGCGAACCUGGUCAGUUGGGCCGGGUUUGGCUGGGUCUCGGAAAAGAUUGUGUACACGGUGCGCGUUUUAUCCUUCCGCUCCCUAUUCGAGCAGGAUCUUCAGUGGCAUCAGUCCGAGGGCCGCAGCCCGGCGUUGCUUCUCUCCUACAUCACCCGCGAUGGCAACGCAUUGGCUGGACUGAGCGGGUCCGUCAUCGGCACCUUGUUCUCGAUUUCCGUCAACCUCGUCGCCGCCAUCAUUCUCACUCAUAUCAUUGCGUGGAGGAUCGCCCUGGUUUGUCUGGCACUGGUUCCCCUUCUCCUGGGAGCGGGUCUGAUGGAACUCCACGUACUGGGUCGAUUCGAAGAGCGACACGAAAACGCCUAUACCAAGUCCGUGGACAUCGGCGUCGAAGCGAUUACCUCGAUUAAAACGAUUGCCUCCUUGUCCCUUGAGGAAGCAACGCUCAAGACCUAUCGCCAGUCGCUGAAGGGACCCCGCAAGGAGACGCUGAAUGUGACCCUACAGGCCAGCCUCUGGCAAGCGAUGACCUACUUCUUGGGAAACCUGGUGAAUGCGUUGGCCUACUGGUGGGGAGCCAAACAAAUCAUCGCCGGCAACUAUUCCCAGACACAGUUCCUCAUCGUCGUUUUUUCCCUGUUGGUGAGCGCCCUGCUUUGGAGUCAGAUGUUCGCUCUCGCCCCGGAGCUGUCUAGCGCUCGUGCGGCAAUGGCGCGAAUCUUGGGCCUCAUCGAGAUCGGGUCGGAUAAGAUGCAAGGACGCGUUCCGAAUUCUUCCCUCCCCGGGUCCUCCGACGAGACUGACCCGGAGGCAAUUAUCGAGACGAAGCUGCCGGGCAUGUCGGACCACCCGGCCUCCAGCGUGCAACUCCGCGACGUCCAUUUCUCCUACCCAGCGCGACCGGACAUUAAGGUGCUCAACGGCUUAAGUGUCGACAUUCGGCCCGGAAAAUUCUGCGCCCUGGUAGGACCCAGCGGAGCCGGAAAGUCAACCAUUAUCUCGCUGGUUGAGCGACUGUACACGCCGCAAUCCGGCGCGAUCGUGGUGGAUGGCGUUGACGUCACUAAGCACCGUGGCGUGGCUUUCCGCGACACGAUCGCCCUGGUGCCUCAGGAAAGCGUUCUCUUCGAGGGCAGUAUCGCGUUCAACGUCGGUCUGGGCGCUCGACCGGGCCACGAAGCGACGGCGGAGGAAAUCGAAGACGCGUGCAAGCUGGCCAAUAUCCACGAGGUGAUUCACGCGUUGCCCGACGGGUACCAGACGCUCUGCGGACCCAACGGCAGCCAGUUUUCGGGCGGUCAGAAACAACGAUUGUCGAUCGCUCGGGCGCUAGUGCGGAAGCCGAAGCUAUUGAUUCUCGACGAAUCCACCAGUGCUCUAGACGCAGAGUCGGAAAAACUCCUCCAGGAUGGGCUGGAGAAGGCCGCGCGUGGCAUUACGGUCAUCGCGAUCGCCCAUCGGCUUCACACGAUCCGAAAGGCGGACGUCAUCUUUUUGAUCGAGGAUGGACGAUGCGUGGAUCACGGGUCGCAUGAGGAAUUGCUGCAGAGGUCAGACAGUUACCGGGCCAAUGUGAUGCAUCAAACGGUGGCAACAUAAAAGAAACCAAGUUGGCAGAAGAG